UUAAAGCAAGUAAAUUCAAACGUUUAAAAUAUAUUUUAACUUUUAAGGUUGUUAGAAAAUCAAAAAUGUUACCCAAAUAAUUGAUAUUAUAUUUUUAAAACAUAUAAUUAAAUUUUAUAAUACUUAUGAUUUUUGUAGUGCAAUUGCUUAUGAAUUAAAAUAAGGUAAUUUAAGCUGAAACAUUUUCGUCAUGUAAUUGUUUUAUGGAAACAAGAACUAUUCUACUAUGGACGAUAACGAUCAAAUGAUAGUUUAUCCAAACAAAGGACUUGAUCCUCAUAAUAAAUGUUGUGGUGGAUCUUUGUGGUGUAUUCAAGAUAUUUGUGGAAUUAUUUGUGCUAUAUUUACAUGGCUACUGAUUUUAUAUGCAGAGUUUGUUAUUACCUUUGUUACACUCUUACCAUGUCCAUAUCCAAUUUUUCAGUUUGUAAAUAUGUUAAUAUUUCAAAGUUUUGCAUUUCUUGCAAUGGCUUCACAUUUACGUACAAUGUUCACUGAUCCUGGUGCUGUACCAAAAGGAAAUGCAACUAAAGAAACCAUACAAAAUUUAGGAUUGCGUGAAGGUCAAGUCAUAUAUAAAUGUCCAAAAUGUUGCUGUAUCAAACCAUCAAGAGCUCACCAUUGUUCAGUUUGUCAGAGAUGCAUAAGAAAAAUGGAUCAUCAUUGUCCUUGGGUCAACAACUGUGUAGGAGAAAACAAUCAAAAAUUUUUUGUUCUGUUUACGCUUUAUAUUGCAGCCAUGUCAUUUCAUGCUUUAUACUUAUGUGUAAGCCAAUUUGUCUGGUGUUUACAUUCCGAGUGGAAACAGUGCUCUUGGUACACUCCACCAGCUACUGUAGUAUUUUUGAUAUUUUUAGGUUUUGAAGCAUUACUAUUUUCAAUUUUUACAAUGGUAAUGUUUGUAACACAACUUCAAGCCAUUUGUUCUGAUGAAACGGGCAUUGAACAAUUGAAAAAAGAAGAAGCUAGAUGGAUGAAAAAAUCUAAGUGGAAAAGUUUACAAGCAGUAUUUGGACGUGUCUCAAUCACAUGGCUUUCGCCAUUUUCUAGACCAGCUCCUAAAAUUAAAGUAGAUAAUUAUCUGCAUGUAUAA